AUGACAUCGAACUCAGAAAUGCCCACUGCUCCUUUCAACGACUCUACCGCUGACACCAUUCUGCGGUCCGUCGACGGUGUCGACUUUCUCGUGCACUCCUCCUUGCUCUCGCUCGCGUCGCCGGUGUUCCGGACCAUGUUCUCUCUCCCGCAAGCCGCGUCGGAGCCCAGGGACGGCUUGAAAACCGUCCAGCUAACCGAGCAGGCCACAGAAAUCGAUGACAUGCUCCGCUUCUGGUAUCCUGGGGCCCAUCCACACAUUCGUUCCAUCGACCAUCUUGCGGAUAUCAUUCAGCUUGCCAUAGGCAAAUACGACAUGGAAACGCUAGUGCCCAUGGCCAAAGUCUUCCUUGCGCAGUACCUCUCCUCAGAUGCUCUCACGGUUUUUGCCGUCGCAUUUCGUUUUGGAUGGGAGGAGUCGGUUCAAUCUGCUGCUCGGGAGUGCCUGAAGCUCCCAUUGCGCAGCGCGAGCCAGUCUUUGUCAAAGGCGUGGAUUCAUACGUCGGGAACGGCAUAUCAUGCGCUGAUUGAAUAUCAUCUGCGCUGUGGAGAUGCAAUACGGGCUUUACCGCAGGAAGCCACAAGUGGGUGGAUACUACGAUGGCCACCGCAUUUUCCCGCAUCCUGCUGCAGCCUGACCUGGACAGGUGAACUUUGCGGACGCGCUGCGUGGCUAAGCACCUUCUUCAUCCAAUACUGUGACAAGCUGUCGUAUGCGCCAAGAGCGGGAGUAGACGCCAGUUGGGUUAUGGACAAUCUGGUCGCCCCACAAAGCGGCUUUUGCCAUAAAUGCCGCUCGUACCCUUAUCGUGCUGCAAUGGAUCUGAUCGACAACGUGUGGUCCCCGUUGGCCACAUCCAAAAUAGCUGAGAUUCAGCUAAUACUGUGA